UCAGUUUCACCUUUCUUAUGCAAAGGAGGUGUCUUUGAAGGCGGAUCUCUUGCUUGGCAGGUUAGCCCAGGACGGGGGACAGAAUAGAAGCAAAACUGGAAGCAAGUAACAACUAGUAAGUAGCACGAUCUGCGUCAGUGCUUAGAGAGGCGGUGUGAGUUUAAAUACAUUAUUAAAGUCGACUUUUUAAUAAACGAAUUGCGAACGUAGUGAGUAGAUACGUUUGAAAAACAACAAAAAAGUGAAGGACUAAAAUAAUAAUUUAUAUUUUAACAAAGGGUCUUUCGAGAAGUGGCGUUUUGAAGACAAUCCUUUUCCACGUAUGCUGCUGCAAUAGCUGGAUGGCAGGACUGCUUGCCUAAUAAAAUUACAAGUGGAAAGCGAGGAGUUAUCGUCGGCUUUUGAUCUGACUGUAUACACACUACGCUGUUGCGCUUUAAAGGACUGUAAACACCUCGGUGUUCAAAGAAAGUGGACUAGACGGAGAGCUUGCUUUUGAUUUGGAUGCGCAAGUCAUUUUGUAUCGUAAGCUGUUUUUUUGUAUUUAUAUCCAACCCAUUAAGUACUGCACAGUACACGAAACUUGCCGAAAACUUACUCAAGAGAGCAGCCACUUAAUGCUCAUUUCAACAACUUUCGGGGAAAUAUGUUCAACACCGAAACAACCCACGUGACUUGGAUGUGACAGACGAUUGUAUUUUUCUUUUGACUACAGUAACUUUGCACAUAAAAAGGACGCAAUUUAUAAGCUACGAAAUGCUGUAUGAAUAGCGCUUUACAAAACUCUACUUUGACCCCUGCAGCCUAAUAAUACAGUACAGCAUUUAAUAAAUAAAAAGUUAAUCGCUACGAAGUGUAUGCAAUUUGGUUGUACUGGAAAGCUAUAGCCCAGUGCUGUUAUUCAGAAUGCCUCCGUCAGUGAAACUGAGUCUCUUCCAUGUGCUUAUUGCACACUUGUUUAUGGAUUGUACUGCGAUAAGCUCUAUUGAUCCUGACCGCCCAGGGGAAGGAAGAUGCCAGCAUAUAGAGAUCCCUAUGUGCAAAGACAUUGGUUACAACAUGACCAGGAUGCCCAAUCUGAUGGGCCAUGAGGACCAGAAAGAAGCAGCCAUCAAGUUGCAUGAGUUUGCUCCACUAGUUGAAUACGGUUGCCACAAUCAUCUAAAAUUUUUCCUAUGCUCCCUGUAUGCGCCAAUGUGUACAGAACAGGUGUCUACCCCCAUACCAGCCUGCAGGGUGAUGUGUGAGCAAGCAAGGUCAAAGUGCUCACCCAUCAUGGAGCAAUUCAGCUUCAAGUGGCCUGAGUCUCUGGACUGCAGCAAGCUGCCCAACAAGAAUGACCCCAACUACCUUUGCAUGGAGGCUCCCAACAAUGGAUCGGAUGAACCCCCAAAGGGCUCCAGCACAAACCCACCAGAGUUUAAACCCCAUAGGCCAGGCAGUGGACAGGACUUCCACCCCAAGGAAACCAGCAAAAAGGAAACUUGUGGCAACCCAAAAAAGUUCCACUAUGUACAGAAAAGCGAGUCCUGCGCCCCCAAGUGCUACCCCAAAGUGGACAUCUAUUGGAGCCAGGAUGACAAGCAGUUUUCCCUCAUCUGGAUGGCCAUCUGGUCCACACUGUGCUUCAUCUCAAGUGCCUUCACUGUCCUGACCUUUGUGAUUGACCCUCAGCGCUUCAAAUACCCAGAGAGGCCCAUCAUCUUCCUCUCUAUGUGUUACUGCGUCUAUUCUGUGGGGUACCUCAUCCGGCUCUUCGGCGGGGCAGACAACAUAGCCUGUGACAGAGACAGUGGGGAGCAGUAUGUCAUACAAGAGGGUUUGGAAAGCACAGGGUGCACCAUAGUCUUCCUCAUCCUUUACUACUUCGGCAUGGCAAGCUCCCUGUGGUGGGUGAUCCUCACCCUGACUUGGUUCCUAGCGGCCGGCAAGAAGUGGGGCCAUGAAGCCAUUGAAGCCAACAGCAGCUAUUUCCACCUGGCAGCCUGGGCCAUUCCCGCAGUGAAGACCAUCAUGAUUUUGGUGAUGAGGAAAGUAGCUGGAGACGAGCUGACCGGGGUCUGUUAUGUUGGGAGCAUGGAUAUCAAAGCCUUAACAGGGUUCGUCCUCAUUCCUCUGUCCUGCUACCUCAUCAUUGGGACCUCUUUCCUCCUUUCUGGCUUUGUUGCCCUCUUCCACAUCCGGAAGAUCAUGAAGACAGAGGGGGAGAACACGGACAAGCUGGAAAAACUGAUGGUGAGGAUUGGAGUGUUCUCUGUGCUGUACACCGUCCCCGCCACAUGCGUCAUAGCUUGCUAUUUUUACGAGCGGCUCAAUAUGGAUUACUGGAAAGUCUUGGCCACUAAAGAGAAAUGCAUGGUGGACAGCAGCAGCAGCAACCAUAGCAAAAAAUCAGAUGAGUGCCUUAUGAAAAACUCCAUCCCGGCUGUGGAAAUCUUUAUGGUGAAGAUCUUCAUGCUUUUAGUGGUUGGGAUCACAAGUGGCAUGUGGAUCUGGACCUCCAAAACCCUGCAAUCCUGGCAGAAUGUGUUCAGCAAGAAGUUAAAGAAGAGGACAAGAAGAAAGCCUGCCAGCGUGUUCACAAGCAGCAGACCUUAUAUAAAACCCCAUCCUCCACUGAAAGUGCACAAUGCAAAGUAUGAACCAGCAGUGCAGCCAGCUACAUGUGUAUGAACUCUGUUCCUAUGCAGAAUGGAUACCUUAUUUUUGUGCAUUUGUUACAGACUUAACUUUAAAAACAAAAGCAUUUAAUGUUAAUAUUUUUGUUGUUUAUUUAUGCAACUUAAUUGAAAGGAAGCAAUGCAUUAAUAUACAGUUUAACAGAAGAGGAAAAAAAAAAAAAAAACAAUCUACUUUUGUUAUUUUGGAUUGCAGGUCAUUUUAUCUGUGUACCUGUUCCCCCAGAGGGCAAAUGACAAACUUGUUUCAAGAGUAAAAUUAAAAAAAAAAAAAAGUAUUUUUCGUUUUCUAAAAAACUGUUUGGAUGCGAAGAUGAGUUGCUUGAAUAAUGUGCAAUAGAUGUUUUCCUUAGAGACAAAAAAGACACAAGUACUGUAGAAACAGAUUAAACACAAUGCAGGACCCUUUCAACAAAGGCACUGAAUGGUCAGGAAAACUGAAGCCCUUGUGUUUUGUGGCUUUUUAAUGGAAAUUAAGCCAGUGUCAUACAUGUUUGGACUGAUGUGAAGAAAUAAAGAAUCAGAUGAAAAGGGCCAGAGAGUGUACGGACUGCCUAUUGUGAAGCAAAUUCUAGCCAUAAAUAAAUCAACAAGCACUAUAUAUACAUUGCCAAACUUUGUAGAGCCAGUUUCCAUUUUUAUGUGUUUUUU